GGCAGGGGCGUCCCGCUACAGGUCGGGUGGAGGGGCACGAUCACGUUCCAAUCCUGGAAGCUGGGACCACGUGAUGGGACAGAUCCGGAACAGAGGCAUGGAUGUCAAGUCAUUCCUAGAGGGGAAGAUGGUAGUACUGUCCCUCGCGAUCGGAUUGGUCGAACAAGAUGACUUCGCCGACCUUCCAGAUCUACAGGAGACACCAGCCGACAAGGAAACACCUCCCGCUGACAAAAGAUGUAAUAAACACGGCAGCAGCCCUAAAGGUCAGACCCCAGACGAGAGCAGCCGCCGGACAGAUGCUAACUCCUCCGUCUCAGACCUGGCCAACUCCGUCACCAGUGAUAUGCUGAUGUUGUCCCCAGGCUCUGAGGAAGAGGAACACGAAGGCCCCGUGUGCGAGAAGCUGGGACGCAUCCAGUUCAGCGUGGGAUACAAUUUUCAGGACUCCACACUGACAGUGAAAAUCCUGAAGGGUCAGGAUCUACCUGCGAAAGACUUCUCCGGCACUUCAGAUCCAUUCGUCAAACUCUACCUUCUGCCAGACAAGAAGCACAAACUUGAGACCAAGGUCAAAAGAAAGAACCUCAACCCUCACUGGAACGAGACCUUCCUGUUUGAAGGGUUCCCGUUUGAGAAGGUGGUGCAGCGCACACUGUACCUGCAAGUGCUCGAUUAUGACCGUUUCAGCCGGAAUGACCCUAUAGGAGAGGUGUCCAUCCCCCUGAACAAGAUCGACCUGGCCCACAUGCAGACCUUCUGGAAGGAGCUGAAACCUUGCAGUGACGGCAGUGGGAGUCGAGGAGACCUGCUCGUGUCUCUGUGUUACAAUCCCACGGCCAACACCAUCACUGUGAGCAUCAUCAAGGCACGCAAUCUCAAAGCCAUGGACAUCGGGGGAACGUCCGACCCCUACGUCAAAGUGUGGCUGAUGAACAAAGAUAAACGAGUGGAGAAGAAGAAGACGGUGGUGAUGAAGAGGUGUUUGAACCCUGUGUUUAAUGAGUCCUUCCCCUUUGAUGUCCCCGCUCACGUCCUCAGAGAGACCACCAUCGUCAUCACAGUCAUGGAUAAGGACAAGCUGAGCCGCAAUGAUGUCAUAGGCAAGAUCUAUCUCUCAUGGAAAAGUGGCCCAGCGGAGGUGAAGCACUGGAAAGACAUGAUGAGUCACCCGCGCACUGCCGUUGCCCAAUGGCACGCUCUCAAAGCAUGAAGGACCCGCCCACCAAAAGUAAACAACCCCUUCAGAACCCUGUUGAUAUGCACAAGUUUAAACACGGGUACCAAAAGCCAUCCAACUAUCUUUCUUUCUCAUUCUAUGUCCCUCUCCCUCUUCCUCCCUUCUCAUUUUUUUUCCCUGCAGUUUGUUUAUGGAGACCCUUCCUUUAUUAUUCACAGCUUUUAAUUUUUUUUCCCACCAAUAAGAGGCUAAGCACUGCCAAGAAGACUGGGAGAGAAAGUCUUGCAUAAUCGAAAGAGGUAAACAGACUCAUCUUCCUUGAGAAAAAAGUUUAACAACUCGGCUGUUCUCUGAACAGCUGGACCGCGCAACAGGGUGACUUCUAUCAUCGCUGAGCUUGAAACGGCUGAAAACAAACUCCCGAACAGACCCCUCUAUUGCCAUGUCUGUGUCCCGCCUCUCUCUGGGGCGUCCCUCUGACCGUACGGAAAGAUCCAGAAGGAUCGCAACCACAGUGCAAUACCUAGUUGAAGGAGGGAUGAACUUGUGUGUUGGAUUUUGUCACCUCUCGAUGUUUUCUCAGAACAGUGUAGAAAUUCACUGGAACUCUUCGUUGUCUGUACGUACUGUGGGUGCUGUUAUGUGACAGAAAAAAGGUCUUGUUUAAAAAAAAAAAACUGAGAAAUUCCAACUCACUUUAAUUGGUUGGAUCAGUUCAGGUGCGUAGGGGGGAAUCCGUUUAAACAAUCUGAGAACAUUCCAACAAGUGUAGAAAGCAAAAUAGGGACAAAAAAUGUUAGUGGGUCUACGCAAGUACAUGAAUGCAAAAAAAAUCUAUGUUAGCUUGAUUUAAAUGCAUUGUUGGUUUAAAUGCUUCCGGCUUUGUUUCCACCUGGUAUUAAUAUGCGUUUUCAGUGAUCCAAUCACAAGUGGUCAGUCGAAAUUGCAUUACAGUUUACUCCUGUAUUUAAAUGCAUUUUUCCAUGCUAACUUGUGCUCAGAUUUCGUCAAAACCCUUCCUUUUUAGUUACUUGAAAUAAAAUAAAUUUUAACUGAUAUAAAAUAAAAUAAAAUAGUACACAUACACACACACACAAACACACAUAUAUAAAACUUAAACUACAAAAAGCACACAGCAAAAUUACUAAACUAUCUAAAAUGAAAACAAAAGAAUAUAAAAGUAAAACUAACUCAAAGUAUUAAUAAAAACUAUAUUCAUGAUGAAAGCAGUCCGAUUUACCUCUGAAAGAGGUCAAAAGCUCAUAAAUGUUUUAUUAGUCUAGUUGUGUUAUUGAAAGUGAACAAGUUUGAAAUGUCGUCGACCCCAUUUAAAACUGUGUUUAGUGUCAUCCAAUUGUGAAUGGAUCAACAAAAAUGCAUCUUAAUACCAAGUGUAAAUAGGACCUCAGUAACACAAUGCAAGAACGUAUAGCCAGAGAUGGGGACGGAUACAUCAAAAAGCAUUUUGUUACAAAUACUUGCUCAUCCAAGAUAUUUAAUUAAAAUACAAGUAAUUUGUCAUUUGAAAAUUUAAACAUACCAACAGUGAUUUGAAGUGCACGAGAGAGUGCCACUAUUACAUUUAGUUAUUCUGUAGUUAGAUACACAUAUGAGAGAAAGAGAAGUGCUUUCCCCUCCUUGAACAACUUAUAAACAACAUAUUCUUCACCCAUGACACUAGCCUACACUCUUCAUCUCAUUUGUUAAGUUUCAUAUCAUGCUGUUUACAAUUGACUGUUUACACUGAUUUUUGUAUUUAUUAAUUUUUUUCAGUUGGAAAGAGUUAAAGGCUUAGUUUACCCAAAAAAUUUAAAUUCUGUCAUUAAUUACUCACCCCGAUGUUGUUCCAUACCUGUAAGACCUUCGUUCCUCUUCCGAACACAAAUAAAGAUAUUUUUGAUGAAAUCCAAGAGCUUUCUGUCCCUCCAUAGGCAGCUACUGGCACAUUCAAAGCCCAGAACGGAAGGAAAGACAUCUUUAAAGCACUUCAUGUGGUUUAUUAAGCAAAGCAAGUACUUUGUUUGCACAAAAAAAUAAUAAUUUACAACUUUAUAAAAAUUAUGAUCUGCAUUGUGCGAUCACAACGCAUUUGUUGAAGUGUCAACACAGCAUACAUGAGUGAGUGUUCACUAGAUACCACGACACGUUUAGAUAAUAUUUUCGUAAAUAAAAUGGUAAAUUAUGUUUUUUUUUUUUUGCCAAAACAAAGCACUCACAUCACUCCGUAAAAUUUAAGUUAAACCUUCCUUGCAUAAGUUGCUUGGCUGACUGCAAAAGGACAGAAAGCUCUUGGAUUUCAUUAAAAAUAUCUUCACUUGUUUUCCAAAGAUAUAAAAAGAAGAUGCAUGCACUGUGAUUUUCGUCCAAUUUUGAGCCGAACUUCAGCGUUGUCAUGCGUCUUUCAAUAUGUAGUGUACAGGGGGUAAUGAGAGGCGAUUCGGCAAUCAGAUGGUUGGAUUAAUUUCUGGCAUGUGGUUUGGACAGAAGUGAUGGAGGCUACACAGUUCUGGGUUCGGGGGAUCAUGCAUGUUUAUUUUGCACGUAUAGUAUGAGCAUCUCAACGAACAGACCAUAUUGUGUAAGCACAUAAUUCCCGAGCUUUGGCUUGACUUUGCAUGCGAUUAACUCAUACCGUGAGAGUUGGUAUUUAACCGAUAGACUGCUGAAAUUGGACCGUGUAUGGCCGGUCUUACGAGAGUAACAAAACAAGGUUGAGUUAUUAACAACAGCAUUUUCAUUUUUGGGUGAACUAUCACUUUAAGAGAGAUAUUGUAUUAUCUAAGAAUAAAGUGAUUAAGUAGUUAAUGUAUUUCAAAUACAAAAUUCUGUCUCUCAAUGUAUUCAAUGUACAAAUUACAUUAGAUUUUUUUUCCCCAGCUAAAUACAAAUGACGAAAUACUCAAAAGUAAUUAAAUAUGUAUUCUAAAUACAUUUAAUUAAAAUACUGUCCAUCCAUGUGCGUAGCAUUAGCAGUGUUACGACAAAGAGGCACUAUGGUCAGUUUCCGGUUUCGCAUGCGGUUUAUUGGCGCAAAGAUCUGUCGCCCCCUUGAGGUUUUUAUACCACUACAGAUAUCAGGACAGCAUGCUUGGCCAAAGCAUUUGUGUACUUGCGUAGAGUACUAUACUGAUUUUUCAUAGAAAAGAUAGGUGAGAUAAGAUACGAGUGUCUGAAGCCUGUGUGUCGGCUUAUACGCCUUUGUGUUAAAAGCAGAACCACAGAAAUCCUUUUAUAUGAACUAGCUUUCCUCAUGUAACAUACACAUCUUGCAGAGGAUUGCAUCAACCACUGAACCAGUAUGCAAUGACACUGCCAAUGUGAGUUCAACCCUGCCAAAACGCACUUCAUCUCUUUUCUUUUCCAAAAGGGCUGAAGAAGUUCUUAGUGUCCCUCCAAAAUAAGACGUGCAAUUUACAACCUAAAGAAAAAGAGCUGAAGCAGGAAAAUAAAACGCAAGUCAUGUGA